GUGGGGGAGGAAGAAUCCGAGAAGCCAACUAGAAGCAUCAGUUGUUGCUGUAACUCACUGAUGGAGACUUCGAACCGCAGUUUGGUUAUUUUCUAUAUCAACAGAGCUGCCUUUAUGGAGUCGGACGGAUUGCUCUGGCUACUGCGAAGAUAGUAUCCAGAGGAAUUCUUAAUCAGUUGGCAAUGAUGUGGUCUUCAGUUUUUGUUUUACAUAGCCUACCUACAUUUGUUCUCAGCUGACACAUUCUAUGAUUUGUGUGAGAAGGUAUUUGGUGGGGAAUUUCUUGCUCUUGAAUUGAAUGAAGGUAUCUUUCAAGGUGAGAUGGUGUGAUACUCUUUCUACAACUCUACGACUGAUUGUGUUAUGAGAACCAACUCACCAGGAUAUAAAAACUCUCAAGAACAACCGGUUUUGAACUCAUGUCCUCCAUAGGAGCUGCAAUGAAUUAAAGGGAGCUAAAGACAAAUCCUUUGGUUUUGUUCCGGAAGUUUACAAAGCAGUCAACCAUGAUUGCUAUAAGAACCAAAAGGAGCUUUGUCAAAUGUGAUACCCUUUAUUUGUACUAGCAUCCAACUCUAAUAAAGAAAAGAAGAAAGAACGUGUGAGAGUUGCAGAAACUUUGCCAAAUUUAUAACAAUUAUUAUUAGAAAACAUUAUUAUAAUUAUUGUUGUUGUAAUUGUUAAUGACAUUACUAAUAUUUGUAAUUGAUGUGUUAUUCCAGGAAUAUAUCAAUAUUUUCUGAUGGUCAAAUUUUUUAAAGCAUUUGAAGAAAAGACAGGCAUUAUCACCAUAACAAAAGCAAAAUGACACAAAAAUGAGAUUUUAUUCAAAGAUGAUUAUAUUUUUAUUUUAGUUUUUAUUUCUGUUAUUAUUUAUAUUAUUGUUAUUGAUGUUGUUUUUGUCAACAUUUGCAAGAAAUAUUCUCCAAUCUUUUAUUUAUUCUUCUCAUUAAUUCCUGAAAAAAAUCAUAAAGAAACUCAGUUCUCAAGAGAAGGAAAAUAAGUAUUAAAAAGUACAGAAAUAUAACCAACAGUAAAAUUAAAAUUGCCAGAAAACAAAGAAAGAAAGACUCCCUAGAAUUUACUUUAACAUCAGAGGAUAAUCUACAAGAGUGGUAUCUGUCACACUUAGUGUGACUCAACAUGAACAUCUUUGAAUCUAUGAUAUCUGUCCGAUACUUGAUUGCUUCAGUUUUGUGUGCCACAUGUUGUUCAAUGCCACAUCUUGUCGACCUAAUUACAGGAGCUGAACACAAGCACCACGGUUCCACUACACAGAGUUCAAACAACAACAGUGGAGCAAGUUCCAACAACGAACAAAGUCACAAGUCCUUCUCCUCACCGUCCACCUCUCAAGAGACUCAUCGACAGUCAAAACAAUAUUCAGAGACUAUUUACCAUCACUAUGCCAAAAUUGGCCAAUCACUGGAUAGACAACCUCAACAGUUAAAAAUUGGCGCCUUAACGGAUACACUGUCAAACAACCAGCAAAUUGAUAACAGAACAAUGACAAACAUAAACCUGUCUUCCAUGCCAUUUUCAUCUUCAUCAAACAUGUCUGUCAACAAAACAAUAGUCAAUGUAUUGGGUUCGAUAUCUGUCAACAACAGCAGCAAUGUCACUCAAGUUGAAGAGGACUUGCCGGUAGCGUCCAUGUCACCCCCGGAAGACAUCGCCGUACACAAAGACUUACCCCUUCCUUUGCUCAUUGCCAGCCCUGUAGCAGCAGUGAGCAUCAUCAUUUUCGUGUGCAUCGCCUACUACUGCCACUCAUCGCAGCUGGACGCACGUGCACGACAAUUAGCUCUGAAGUACGCUGUCAUCUCAACAGAGCCACCAGUCUGCAGCCGAGGGGUGCCAUCCACUUCCAGUGUCGACAUGGACCUCAUCAGAAAGCCCUCAUUGCGACCAAGUACUAGUAGGACUUCAACUCCUAACCAGACCCCAGAUGGUUCAAAACGAGGCAGCAUCAACUGGGUUGCUAUUGGUGACCAGGAAGUCAUAACUUAUACAGCAGCACGACGACAUUCCACAUUCAUUCUAUAAACACUUUCUCAUAUAUCAUCAUCAUCAUCAUCAUCAUCAUUAUCAUCAUAAUUAUUAUUAUCUAUUACUCUAAGUGAAUGCAGACGGCCAAAACAAUAGUAUAUCACAAUAAUUACAUAAAUGUUUAAUUUCCCUCUUGGUUUUCCCUUUAAAUUUGUAACAGGGUCAAUUCUAAUUGUAUUUUCCAGUACACCAGUAUCAAUAAACUAAAUACUUCUCCUACCCUUUAAAUAUGUGGCCUUGGGCAAAUGUGAAAAAUCAUCAGCAUUAGCACCAUCAUCAUUAUCAUCAUCAUCAACAUCAUCAUCAUCAUCAUCAUCAUCAUCAUCAUGUUUAUUAUUAUUAUUAUUAUUAUUAUUAUUAUUAUUAUUAUUAUUAUUAUUCCGCCAAGGUCAACUUUACCUUUCAUCCUUAUGGGGUCGAUAAAAUAAGUACCAGUUGUGUAAUGGGGUCGAUGUACUCGACUAUCCCCUCCCCUAAAUUUCAGGCCUUGUGCCUAUAGUAGAAAGGAUUACUAGAAAUCAUCAUCAUCAUUAUCAUCAUCAUCAUCAUCAUCAUCACCAUCAUCAUCAUUAUUAUCAUUAUUAUUAUUAUUAUUAUUAUUAUUAUUAUUAUUAUUAUUAUUAUUAUCAUUAUAUUAAGGUGGCAUUACAUUCUCAGUUCAAGUUCUGCCAAGGCCAACUUUACCUUUCAUCCCUCUUAGGGUGAUAAAAUAAAGUACCAGUUUACGUACUGGGGUCAAUAUAACUGACUAGUCCCCUACCGCAAAUUUCAGGCUUUGUGCCUAAAUUAGAAAUAAUUACUAUUAUUGCAAUUAUUAUUGUUAUUAUCAUUAUUGUGUUUUCACCCAUUUGGAUGGACAUGCUUUGGUUCAUUCCAUGAAAUUUCCAUUUUAUACUAUGUGCAGCUGAAGAAAAUUAUUUCUUUUUGAAUAAUUUUCUUCAAAGAAUUUUUCUGGAACAUUUUGGAUGUUUCCCUAUACUAGGAAGACACAAGGUCUGUCAGUUUUGGACAUUUUUAAGCAAUUAUAUUUUGUUUACAUUCGACUUAAAUGGCUUCCUGCCAGAAAAUAUAUAAUGCCCACGAAAAUGAAAUGAAUGUAACAACACGCAAAAAAAAAAAAAGAAAAGGAUAAAUUAAAUAACACAGCAGGAUAUAUAUAGAUUCAUGUGGAAAAAAAUAUCAACUUCUUGACAGAAAAAAGUGACAAUGAUUCUAACAAUUCCAAUCAUAUGGUUAACAACAUCAAUAACAAUGGACACACCACACACACACACACACAAACACUUUUUUUGUCAAAUGCAGAUAUGAGUGAAAUCAGCUUUUCUUUUAUUAACACCACCAGUAACAGACAGAUGCUGCACAUUCAUCACCUUGUUGGGAAAAAGUUUGCUUGAAAGAGUUAUGCGACCCAAAAGGGAAAGUUUUUUUGUCACACCUCUUUAGCAAUGAGUGUGAGAGGAGGAAGAUUACAUAUCUCUUCAUUGCCAAGAACGGGGAAAAUUUCUUUAUGUCUCCAAGGGAACAAUUGCAGUUCUCCCUAACUGAGAUGUGGAAUGAUAUCUCCUCUAUUGGUCAGGGUAGAAAUUAUAGGGCCUUGUGCCUAGUUUUCAAAACUGAUGAAGAGAAGUGUAAGGCACACUGGUACUACAGGUAUAUAAGUAAGGAUCAUUUGAGAGUUUUCUAUUCUGAAGAACUUGAGAAACAGUGAAAAGGAGACCAGCUGAGCCAACAACAACAACAGCAAGUCCCAGAACAAUUUUCAAAGUACCACCAGUUGCACCACUGCUUGCAACUCUGAGGAUUAUUGAAAAUAAUUUCAUCAUCAGUCCCAGAAGCUGCCAAUCUAGUGCCACACUCUAAGUAUUUUAUUUUUAACUGUCCCUGACAGUUUCCCACUUUUCUCUAGUCUUUAUCACCUCUUCAUUAUUGCAGAGCAAUGGGGCAAGACUGAAGCUCAGAGUUUUUGGCUUGUCAUGUUCUGGCAUAUGAGGCACCUGAGCUUCUCAGUAUCCUACUUCAUUAACAGCCUCUGGUGCUGAUGGUACUGAAGGUGAAACAAUUUUGUUUGCUUUCCCUGUCUAUCCUUGGGACUAUAUUUCAGUGCUACUCUCAAAAUUGCAGUUGCAGAAGAAGUAGUCAUGGUUUUCACUUCAGUGACCUACUGUUGUCUUAUUCUUAAUCUUCUUUGAGGCAGAAAGUUCUUAGUGGCCUUUACCACUACACAUGUAGAAACUGAGCUCUCUACCUAUGCAGCAGCAAUUUGGUUGACCUGUUUACUCCUUUAAUGGAUUUCAACUCCAGUAUAUCUUACGGUCAUUAAGAGUCAUCUUGACCUCCAGGUCCAUGUAGAUCCAUCCAGCUAUUUGCUGUGAAUCAUCUCCACACUCACUACAUCGUUGUUGCCCUGAGAUGAAGAUAAACCAAUGAUUAAAAUCCAUGUCAGUAUCUCUGGUUGUGAUCCUCUUGUAUUCCUAAGACCCAUAUUUGGCAGUAAUAGUUUGUGUGCCAAUAUGUACUACACCAGUUCUACUUCUCUCUCCUCUGUCUCCUCACGUGAUUCCCAUUCUUAAAGACCAGCAAACACUUCUGUAUAUUCUGCCUUGGUCAAGGGAGCACAGUCUGCCACACAUCAGUCAGAAAUUCCUUCAGAUUUUCUUUUGAGGGCGUAUGGUAACCUUCCCCAUUGUUUCAAAAACAGAGGUAUGCUAUCUUCUAUCUCUUCCUUUCCAUUAUUUGUUUCAACAUACCCCGUCCAUUCCUUCUCCUUUUCACUGAGCUGGCUCAAAUCAAGUUGCUCAUAUUGUCCCACAUUUAUAGACUGUGUUGUUUGUGGUGGUGAUACUAGUGGUAAUGAUGUUGCCAUUGUUUGUACUUUUCCUUUCAGAAUAGUAUUUUUAAUACUAUUCUUAUUGUGUCUUCCAUUGUACAAAAUUAAGUGUUUAAGCUUCAAGCUGUCUCUUUGAUCUGUUACAUCAUCUGGUUUUGUUUUGUUUGUUUUUUAUCUCCUUUGAAAUUUUGUUUUUCAAUUUGUUUCUUUUUAAAAUUUUGGGGACAUGUUUAUGUUAUUGAGGCUACUGCUACCACAUUUGAUGUAAACAUCUCUUCCUGCUAGUUAUAGCCAUCUUGCAAUGCAUAUUAAUAUUGUAAAUGGCUAUUUACCAAAAAUAGUUAAACAUCUAAUGACAAACCUUUCUGCUGUUCCAGUUAAUAGGGAUGACUCUCAAACAAUCCAAAAACUUUCUGUUAAAACUAGAACAAAAAUAUUACUUGUCUUCAUAAAGUAAUCCAGUUUCAAAUUAUUUUUCACAGAAAUCUCUCAUCUCAGAGGCAUCCAUUUUCUUCAGCAUAAUAAUAAUAAUAAUAAUAAUAAUAAUAAUAAUAAUAAUAAUAAUAAUAAUAAUAAUAGUAAUAAGGGGCAAGCACUGUAAAGUUCCUUAUAACUUAAAUUCACGAAAUGAUUUUGAUUCCUGAUCAAAGCUAUUUUUUCAUUUCCCUGACACUAUGCAUGCUCUUAGGAAAGACACAACCAUCACAUAUGUUCAUUAUCCCUUUCUUAAAAAGAAAAACAAAAUAGACAACCUUUAUGCCUUGUCAAAGAAAAAUUAAAUAACAAUAGUAACAAUAUUCUUUAU